CAAACACCUUACAAAACCGCGAGAACCACCAGCUCUCAUGCGUGGUUUCUGUUAACUCCAAGUUGGCAUGCCCACUAUCACUCGUUUUCUCUUUAAAAUCUUAUGUAAACCUUCAUUACUAAUCAACUCAUCUCCAGAGUUGCCUAUCUUCCAAACAGUCAUAGACAAACAAAAGCAGCCAAACCCAAGACAUCAGCCAAGAUGAUGGACAUUUGGUCAUGGAUAUGUGAGAUACCUAACUCGGACGAGUGGAACGAGUCAGACUCAGCACUCAUAUUUGAGCUAGCGAGUUCGAAAUCGAGUCAGGACGGGCCAACUCGAGCUAUUCAACUCAAAGCUGAGAGAACUGCCGGGUCAAACUCGGAAGCCUUGGUGACUUUCACUAUAUGUUUACAGGGGUUUCAUCCUUUUGAUGUUCCAAAGACUCUCUGGGUCUCUGACACCUGCCCUCUCAACUCUGAAAAACCCUUCCUCCCUCUUGUACUCCAACUCCUCCAAGAAAUCAUAGUCCGUUCACCCACGGCGCCCAAUAGCACUUGCCCACGUUCCCAACUACAAAAGCUAAAACCUGACCCAGUAUCUUGGAUUAUGGACUCUCACACACCCGAGUCCUUUUCAAGUUUCUUCAGUUUAGUUUUUAUCACGCGCUUGUUUUGGUUGUGUGCAUUUGACGCUCCCACCGAAGCUGGGUCUCUGUGCUUUGAGUCCGUAUUGGGUCCUCACCUGGAAACAUUAUCGUGUAAACAAGCACCUGUGCUGCGAACCUUUUUACUCACAGUGGGGGUAGAUGCUGAGCUAUGUUUUAUGCGCGCAAUGGGUUACAUGAUGGCAAAAUGGCUCCUCUUAAGAGAAGUAGGAGUUGGGUUACAAACAUUAGCACCCCUGGCAAGUCAGCAAGUUGGGUUGUUAUCUUAUGCAACGGAGGCUUAUGGGUUAUGGGUCUUAAAGGGCUACGCUCCAAUUUUAGCAAUGAAUCCUACUUGCCCUAGAAACAAUAAAUUUUGUAUCCUUGGAGCUAAGGAUACUGUGUUGAAAUAUGCCUUGGCACAUCACCAGUUGGAGGCAGUUAUCCAGUUGGAAUAUGCAGUCAGAUUCUAUGAUGGGUAUAUUCAGGUCAUUGCACGUGUCAACAAUUUACGUUUCCACGUGGUGAGAUUAGGGUUUAAGAAAAAUGAAGGUGUGGAUAAUGAUGACGACAGGCAUUUUGUGUCACGGGCUCGAGUCUGGGUUGGGCCAGAAAUUGGAGCGACUUAUGUGGGUGGAUUGUGUUUGGGCCGGUCCACAUAUAACGGGGAGAAGGAGGUGGAGAUUCAAAGGAUUUUGAAAGGUAGUCAUGGUGAAGCAAAGGUCCCGCAGGUGAAGACGAGAUCAGGUAUGGCAACAAAGACAAGGAUGAAAAGCUGGAGGUGUGACCAAGAUGUUGAAGGGAAUGCUGUUGUUUUUGAUGCUGUCUUAUAUGACAACAUGAUGGGUCAAGAAGUUGCCGCACGGAAACCAAUUGGUGAUGGUAACGGUGUUGGUGUUGGUGUUGGUGGCAGGAAUGGCAAAAGCUUUGGUACUAGAUGCAAUGGACCAAACAGACCAUUUACAAAAACAGGAGGGGUGGUUUUUGCAGGAGACGAGUAUGGGGAGGGAGUAGAGUGGAGACUGAGCAAGGAAACGGAAGGCAGUGUCUUGAAGUGGAGGAUAGGAGGGCAGGUCUGGGUGAGUUAUUGCCCUAGCGAGGUGAAGAGUUCACAUUUUGAGACGAGGAGUGUAGAAUGGUGCGAUGAGGUUGAUUUGCCCAUAAUUCCUGCUAAAGAGACCGAGCUUUAAUUACUCCGAAAGCGACUUCGAGUAUCUUGUAAAUUUGUAGAAAGGGGUUUGCGUAAAGCAAAUGCUGUAAUAUACAGUGUAUUGUUGCAUGCUGUACCUUUCCUCCA